AUGGGAGGGUCAAAACCUUGGCCUCAGGUUCCUGUCGGGAACAAGGACCAUACCGACGCUUCCGUGGUCAUCAUUGGAGCUGGCAUCUCUGGCAUGUGUAUGGCAAUCGACCUCAUCAAGCGCAAUCAGUGCCACAACUUCAUCAUCGUCGAAAAGUCCGCCAGUGUUGGUGGGACGUGGUACGAUAACAAGUAUCCCGGCUCCUGUUGCGAUAUUCAUAGUAUUCUAUACUCGUACUCUUUUGAGCAGAAUCCGAAUUGGACGCGCGAGUACCCUGGCCAGGAGGAAAUCCUCGACUAUCUGCGCAAUGUGGCGAGGAAAUAUAACCUGUACAAGUACAUACGUUUCAACACGUCUGUCGAUGCGGCAACAUGGGACGACUCGAAGAACAGGUGGAAGGUCGACGUCAAGGUCACUGGUGGCAAGGAGGCGGAGUUCAACCCAGAGUACAGCAUUGAGUGCGAUUACCUGAUCUCAGCAGUUGGCCAGCUCAAUCAACCACGAUACCCAGAUAUUGAGGGCUUGGCGGAUUUCGAGGGCAAGGUUAUGCAUUCAGCAAGAUGGGACUGGAGUCAUAGUCUUGAAGGGCAGAAGGUGGGAAUCAUAGGGAAUGGCGCAACAGCAGCACAGAUUAUCCCCGAAAUACUUCCUGCAACAUCCUCACUGACAGUCUAUCAACGCUCCCCCAACUGGGUCAUUCCCCGCGCCGACGGUCCUGUCAGCGCCCUAAAACGCGCGGUACUCAAAUAUCUCCCACCAGUGCGUUGGCGCAUACGCAGCGGCAUGAUGGAAUUCCGCGAAUCCUUCCACGAAGCCGUAACAGACGGCAACAGCGGCUUUGCCGGCCUCGUCCGAUCACUGUGCCUCGACAUGAUGAAAACGCAAAUCCCCAACCGACCGGAUCUCUGGGCGAAACUAACGCCAGACUACAACCCAGGCUGCAAACGCGUCAUCAUCUCAGACGACUACUAUCCUGCAAUAGUACAAGACAAAACAGAACUGGAAACCAGAGGCAUCAAAAAGAUUACCAGAACCGGAAUCGAAAUGAACGAUAGCACACACCACGAGCACGACACCAUCGUCCUUGCCACCGGUUUCCGAACCGUAGAGUUCCUGCACCCCAUCAAAAUCACAGGAACAGGGGGUACAUCGCUGGACUCGCUCUGGGCAAAAGGUGCCUCUGCCCUCUACGGCACCACCGUGCCCUGCCUCCCCAACUUCGGCAUGUUCUACGGCCCCAACACCAAUCUAGGCCAUAACUCAAUUAUCCUCAUGAUCGAGGCGCAGUCCCGCUAUCUCAACACACUCGUGGCCGCUGUCCUCGAUGCGCGCAACCGCGGACAGAGAAUCGGGAUUAUGCCGUCGCAGGCGCGCACGGAUGCGUUCAACGAGCGGAUCCAGGAGGUGUUGCAAAAGAGUAGUUUUGCAGAUGAAAAGUGUCAGAGUUGGUAUAAGAAUGCUGAGGGGAGGAUUACGGCGAAUUGGAGUGGGACCGUGGUUGAGUAUCAGGAGGUGUUGUCCAAGGUAGAUUGGGAGGAUUUUGUUACGACGGCGGAAGUGAGUGGAGAUGAAGGGAAGGGGGCGGAGAGUGUGAGGGCGAGUCAGGUGGUGUUUGGGAGUGGAAGGCAGGAGACGAGGGUUGGCAGGGUGAGGGAGGAGUCGGUGGUUAGUAAUACGACGUUGGUGCUGGGUACGCUGAGUGCGGUUGCAGCGGGGGUGGCAUGGGUAUAUAGGGAGAGGCUGCCGAAGAGGUUUGCAAGGUAG